AUGAUCUCUUUGUUGAUUUUUCCAUUGUUAUUUGCUUGUUUGGUAAUUUGUAAAUCACCUACCAAUAGUUAUGCACCUGGUAGAGUUGAAUGUCCAAAUUUUAAAUUAACCAGAUCAGCUAUAUCUGGGUUGAACCCUGAUGAGAAAUCAUAUAUUGAUCAAAGAUAUAAACUUGCAAAGCAAUCAUUGUCUGGAUUUCUUCAUCAAGCUGGUAUGAUUGAUUUUGAUGUUGAUUCAUUCUUAGCUACUUCAAACCCAACUAUUGGUAUUGCUUUCAGUGGUGGUGGGUACCGGGCAAUGCUAGCUGGUGCUGGAGAAUUGAGUGCAUUAGAUUCAAGAUCGAAAUCACCAUCUAUACUCUCUGGGAUUCUUCAAAGUGCAAAUUACAUUGCUGGGUUAUCUGGUGGAGCAUGGUUGACUGGUACAAUAGCUAGUAAUGAUCUAAUUACUGUUGAUCAAAUUUUAGCACAAAAUAGUCUUUGGAGAUUACUGAAUUCAUUGUUUGCAUACCAUGGAUUCUUAUUUGUAUUAAGUAAUACACUUAUGUGGACAAGUAUAGAUCUACUGGUGAAGUUGAAAAUGCUUUCUGGAUCAACCGUUAGUAUUACUGAUGUUUAUUCUCGUGCUUUGAGUUACCAAUUUUUAAGUAAUUACCCUAGUAAAGGUGCUGCAUUUUGUUGGUCAGAUAUCACUUCAUUGCCUAGUUUUCAAAAUUCAGAACUACCAUUCCCAAUAUUAUCUGCUGUUGGACGAGAACCAGGAACAAGCAUUAUUAAUUUCAAUUCAACUGUAUUUGAAUUUACACCAUAUGAAAUUGGGUCUUGGGACCCAAGUUUACAAAAUUUCAUGAAUAUCAAAUAUCUUGGAAGUAAAAUGAACAAUGGGUUUGCCAACGGUAAAUGUAUCAACGGAUUUGAUAAUGCCGGUUUUCUUAUGGGUACUUCAUCUUCAUUAUUUAAUGCUGUUUUAUUAGAAUUAAAUAAACUUAACUUCCCUAGUUUUACAAAGAGUUUGAUUAAUUCAAUUGUCAUUAAUCCAUUUGAACGGUUAAACGUCGAUGUUGCUCAUUAUAAUCCAAACCCAUUCUAUAUGAGUCAAAAUCCAAAUGGGAAAAUUGCCAAUUCAAGAACAUUAUACUUAGCUGAUGGUGGAGAAGAUGGUCAGAAUAUUCCUUUAUUACCAUUGGUUCAUAGAAAUGUUAGUGUGAUAUUUGCAUAUGAUAAUUCCGCAGAUGAAAAUGGUUGGCCAGAUGGUACUUCAUUGGUGAAAACAUAUGAAAGACAAUUUUCUCAUCAAGGGCGAGAUGUUGCAUUCCCAUAUGUUCCUGAUCAAUACACUUUCAGAAACUUGAAUCUAACCAGUAAACCGACAUUUUUUGGAUGUGAUGCUAAGAACUUGACUUCACUUACAGAUAAUAUCUACGAUGUUCCUUUGGUUAUAUACAAUGCUAACCGUCCAUUCAGUUACUGGUCAAAUACAUCUACAUACAAGUUGAAAUAUAGUGAUCAAGAAAAAGAAAGCAUGAUAGCAAAUGGGUAUAAUGUUGCUUCUCGUAUGAAUGGACAACUUGACGAUGAGUUUGCUGCAUGCAUUGGCUGUGCUAUUAUCAGAAGAGAACAAGAACGCCAAGGUAUAGAACAAUCUAAACAAUGCCAACGCUGCUUUGAGAAAUAUUGCUGGGAUGGUACUGUGUAUAAAGAUGCACCAUUAGGAGAUAAUUUUAGUAACGAAGGUUUAACAAAAAGUGCACAAUACUAUAAUGCAAACAACGUAAAAGGUAUAAACAACGGAGGUGUUGAUAUUGUAUAA